AGCCAUUUAAACGUAUAUUUAUUUAAGUUUUGAAUUUUGUGUUCGAGUCUUUUAUUAUGUUUAUUCAUGGGUUGUCUAUUAUAAUGUUGUUUAAUUUUGAGCUUUUUGUUAAUUUACAAUUAUAUUAUAUAUCUGAUUUUGAAGUAAUUGCGAGAAUUGAUAAGAAAUAUUGAUAAUUGAUUUUAAAAUUGUUUAAAAUGGCGCUUUACGUGCCAGCCAAAAAUCUAAAAUUAAACUUUUAGUUGAGCUUUAUUGAAAAAUUAUCUUCGUCACACUAUUAAAAAAAUUACUUAUGCCAUAACAGUCUGAGCUUGCUUAGACUUCUAGUCAACUAUUUAAUUUUUAUCAAGUUUUUUUAUUUUAACACAUCUAUAAUCUUUUGUCUUCCGUUUUGAUUGCAUUUAGAUGAAAGCAAUCGUAUUAUUCUAUUAUAUUUUCCGUUGAUUUUUAUUAAAUAUUUAAGUUUUAUUGUAAUUUGAUUUUUCCCUAGCCCUUUAAUUAAUUUUUAUAACAUCACUGUUUUGUUAAUUCAGUUUCUUUUCAAGAAAAAUCUAAAUUCCUGUCUAUAAAUUGACUAAUUUUCUAGUUUUAAUUACACCAAAAGUUCUGCUUUUAUAAAAACUAAUAUUCCUAUUUCUAUUUGAUUCAUCUCACGCAUACACCGAGAAUUAUAAAAUGUACACUGUCUAAUGAAUUUUUUACUUCAGCGACAUUUUUACAGCAUAAUCAAUAAGCAGGGUAAACUGUACAGUGUACACUGUGCAGUAUAAUGUACUAUUCUCAUUGAAAUAGUUUUUAAGUUCUUGUGUACAGUUUUUUGAAAAAAUUAGCAAACAAAUUUAUAUAGAUUUUGUAAAUGUAUUACAACAUUUUGUAAAUGGAAGAAUGUUAUCUCCUGAAUCACUCGUUCCCGAUUUUGUUUUUAAAUAUUUUCAUCCUUUCCGACCAAGUUUUUUCAAGUGCACUCUUUCCAAAAAAAAAUUCCCUGAAUCCCGAGAUCUUAUAUUGUACAUUUUUAAUUAUUAGAUAACAGAGCCAAUUAUUAAACAUGAGAAAAUAUGUAGUUUCUUCUAACUCAUAUGUUUUUGACUGUAGCUUACUUUUCUUACAUGUCCUUUAAAGAUGAAAUUAUAUAUAAACCUACAAAUUGUAUAUCUCUACUUAACAAACCAUGUGGCAAUACUUUUCGUGGCAUUCCUAAUUUAUGAAUACCCCUAUUUAAACAUGUGAUUUUUGGUCACAAAAAUGUGAUAAUGUCUCAAAUGUGUGUUUCAGAUAAAAGUGACGGUGUUGGUUCUUUUGUGACCACCCGUUACAAAAACAAAAUGGCGGCUUCAGACAAGAUGGCGGCUUCUGAUCCCCUGGUUCUACUUGAUCAGCUGAUGAAGUCUGAUAGUCAGGAAUCCGUCAAAAUGAUUUGGGCUGAGAAACUGAUAGCAGAAUCAGUUAAACAGACAUUGAGCAAAGAAAAAUGUCUGGCUACGUUCAAUGAGCUCUCUGUACUGGUUCUAACAAGUGACAAGGAUUAUAUAAAGAAAGCGGCCCUUCAUGCGUUUCAGAAUUUGAUAACUACGGAAGGAAGCAUAUAUCUGGAGUUUCUGAAUACAGCCUACAUAGUCCAGCUCUUCUCUAAUCCUAUCUACACUAAUAAGAUAAACUUGAUUGGAUUGGUGAUGACAAUGCUGAGUAACUUCAGCAAACUGAACACAGAUAUAGAUAGGACAGAACAGAUAUAUAGAGUUAUCAGAGCACAGAUAUCAAUGUAUUUACGGGCGCAUGGCUCUGAUAUUUCAAUUGCUGCAGAUGUAAAAAAUUUAAGAAAUUUUGUUGUUUUUAGAGCACAGAUAUCAAUGUAUUUACGGGCGCAUGGCUCUGAUAUUUCAAUUGCUGCAGGUAUAGGAUAUCUGUAUACAAGCUACCCCCUGUGUAUACCUACUGGACUAGUAGAUCAGUGUCGGCUGAGUGUGAGUAUAGUAAACCUACUGGCUGGAUACAACAACCCUACUCCAAACAAGUUAAUUUCAUUCCGGAAGAAUAUAGAUGUAAUUUCUAAAAUGAUAACCGUGAUUUAUGAGAAAUCAGCAACCGAGAUGAGUGGGGGAAAUGAGCAGAUUUGGUUGGAGGUUCUCAAACAAACAUAUUCAUUUGUUUCUUCUUCAGGAGAAAAGGAGGAUAUGGAUGCAUUGUGUUUUCUCAUAGAAUCUGUUCCUACACCUUUAAUGAAUACUGCCACCAAGACUAUUCUUGAUGAAUCUGACAAUAUAUCUGGAGAAACUGGACUAGUACGAGCUUUGUCUCGACUAAUCAACUAUAUGUGUAUAUGGCCUUCACCUAGAAUAUCUAUCUGGGUUCAACAAAUACUUAGGGAUGUGAAGAAGGAUUCUAUCCUGUGCUCUGUAGGAGAAGAAACGAUCGUUAAACUCCUUCGAUCCCUUGAGACUCCGAUCCAUCGGGGACAGACAGGGGAUAUAUUCUUCACAUUGUUGUACGGAUACCAACAUUCUCCUACACUCUUUCAUAAGGUUGUAACCCAGAUCCCUGGUAUACUCAAUAAACUGUCUAUUACAAGAGAUAUCUCCGCUCGGGAUACAAGAGAUAAACUGGUUGAAGCUACAAAGUAA